GCGUUUACAAAACAACACUGGUUUCCGGUCAGUUUAAAUUUGAAAUUUAUAUUUUGAAAGCUACUAGUCGGGAUAGUGGUUUGACAAAUAAGACGAGAUGUCCACGCAGUUCCCCUCGCUGUUUCCCAGGAUGACAGAGACUCUGUGGUUCAACCUGGACCGGCCGUGUGUGGAUGAGACAGAGUUACACCAACAGGAGCAGCAGCACCAGACCUGGUUACAGAGCAUCUCAGAGAAGGACAAUAGCCUGAUGCCUAUUGGGAAGCCAAUUUUUGAGCAAACAUUUGACGAGGAAGAAGAGGAGGAGGAUGAGGAUGAGGAAGAUAGUGAGGAAGACUCUGAGGAUGAAGAGGACAUGCAGGACAUAGAUGAGAUGAACGACUACAACGAGUCACCGGACGACGGAGAGGUCAACGAGGUGGAUAUGGAGGGAGCAGACCAAGACCAGGACCAGUGGAUGAUCUAGGCCAGAGUAAUCCUCGCUGCUCUCUGAUGCCCCCUUGGUAGCGCUCAUCUAUUCUGCCGGACAGUGGCUUUUGGUUGGUGAACUUUCCCUACUGUUCACACCCACCCUGUGAAACUAAAGGGGGAGGUGUGAGCUGCGUGGGGUGUUACUGCAUGGAGAAAGUGCUGUGUGCGUGUUCUCUCAUUCAGUGUUCUACAGUUGCAAUGUGUGAAGACUGUAAAAAAAAUUCUCUUGAAACAAGUGUUUUUGCAACAUUAGGAGAAAGAACUUCUGCUCCACCUCAACCUCCCCUCUGCUAGUUCUGUCCUCCCCCACAGAUCACGAGACACUCAGACCCUUUGUUUAGACGAUGCACACAUCAAACUCAAGGACAUCAGAGUGCACUCACUCCCCUCUCUGGUACUCGUUGUUCUGUGUGUGUACUUUGACUCCCCCGUCUGUCCGUCGCAUCACAUCUGAAUGGGCAUAAACCAUAGCCUGUACACUGCACCUGCGUAAUCUGCUCUGUGUGGGUGUGCUGCCAACAGAAACCUGGAGAGUUAAAAACAAACGUUAGUAUUCAACUAAACUGAUUUUAAAAAGGAACUUCACAGGUGCUCGUAUGUAUGUAUGUAAAGUAAAUGCCUUUUUAAUUGGUCCAGUGUCUUAUGUAAAUAAAGAGAAACAUUGUGUACA